GAUAAAGUGCCUCCUGUCGUCGUCAAUCCCGUACAUCCACCAUGUUCUCGAUAAAAUUGUAUAAAAUCACUACCUUCACGCUCGUUAUUUGCCUGGUCCUCGCCCUUGUCGUAUCUUCAGAGGCCAACAGCCAUGCUGGGGUCGUUCGUCGUGACCAUGAAGCUUUGAAUCGGAUGAUGCGCAAGAGGGCGCCGGCCCCUCAGGAUAACGGCGGCACUGCUAAUAGCGCUACUGCCGCCGUUGACAGCACUACGGCCACUACCAGUACCCAAAGUACUACCCAGACUCAGGACCAGACUCAGUCGACAUCCUCCUCUACCACUUCGUCGCAUACAAGCACCUCCUCGAUCACUUCAACUACUUCGACAUCUAUCUCGACUCCUUCGACAACAUCGGUCCCUUCGACUUCGACCAGCUCCACCACUUUGACCACCUCGACGAGCAGCUUGACCAGCAGCAGUUUGUCCCCGUCCACCACCUCUUCAUCCACCUCAACCACCUCUACGUCAUCUACACCUGCCACCACCUCUUCUACCUCGAGUACUGUGCAGACACAGCAGCAGCAAACAACAACACAGGAUGCUACUACUGCCACUCAGGAUGAUACAAGCAAUACUUCACAUUCUACUAUCACGAAAACUGCCUCAGUCGACGAGACAGCCUCUGCUGCUUCCGCCACUUCUUCAGCUGAGACUAGUGGCAACACUUCUACUUCUGCCAAGACUGCCGCAAUAACUGCUCUCAUCGUUGUUGCAUCGUCUGUCGGUGGUAUCGUCAUCUUAUGGACCAUCUUCCGUAAGUGGAAGCUGGGCCGCUCAUCCGAAUUUGACAAGCGCAUGCAGCCUAUCGACUGGCAGCCUACCACUGGCGAUGAUGGUGGCAUUAUCGGCCACCAUCGCGCUACGUCAGACACGUCAUCUUUCCACUCCGGUCUCAACCAUUCCAACAGUCUUUCCGGACGCAGUUAUGGCGCCACCUCUGAGUCCGGACAUGGACACGGCUCCGCAGAGAUGUCCGGUGAAUUGGGGCCUCUCCCCCAGCACGACUUCACUGCCGCCGCGUCCAACCUUGCUCCAGUCGGGGGUUAUGCUGACCUUGCUCGUGGACCUAGUCCUCAGCCUGAGAUGCAGGAGCCGUUGGCACGCGGCCCCAGCAUGACUAGGCCUGUCUACGAUGUCAGUGUUCCUCUUCACCACCAGAUGGGGUAUAGUUCCCAAGAUACGUAUGAUUAUAGCGGUGGGGUCCCGGCAAGAUAUUGAGGAUGAAACUGCGGUACCAAUGUUGUACUAGUACCGAAGUUCGGUCUUAACCCGUGACAUUCUCCUAACGUUCGUUAUUCCUCACAAUCUUUUCUCAGUGAUCCUAUGCCGCUGGGCUUUUACGGCUUUUUUCUUGUUACUCUUGUUUUGACUGAAAGGACGCUGUCUUUCUUUUCUUAGCUGGUAGUUAUACCCAAACUCCAGUGUUACAUGAUUUUCCGGUUCAGUCCUUCAUGUUU